CACUUAAAAAUAAAAAUGGCUGCUUUUGCCUCUCACCUCCACCAGUUUACUCAGACUAUAACUCGACGACAUACGUUAUCAACCACGAGACACGUGUGCUGUCUUCCACACGUGCCACCUCACCUUCCAAGAAUCAUCCCCUAUAAAUACCAAAUCCAAAUCGUCAACUCAGCCAUCUCCGGCAGCAGCGGAAGCAGAGUGAGUAUAACUGAAAUGGAAUCUAACGGCGCCGUUACCGAUCCUGAAAAUAUCCGAUCUCAGUUCAUUGAAUUACUUCGUACCAGACGAAAUGCUCAAGUUCCGUUGACUGUGGAACCUGCAAAGCCUGUGGUUAAGCCGUUGUUCCAAGAUGUUACUCCGCCAACUUUCAGUGAGGAAAUGGAGUCUUGUCCAAAAGCCAACAUUGAAAACCUUAAGGAAAUGCUUAAAGAGGAAAAUCUUUAUCUCCAGACUGAGGCUGGGGAUCAAGGAAAAUUGCCCCUAUUAAUUUUAAGUAUGAAAGAAAAUAAUCAAGAAAAGAGACCUGCUGUUGUAUUUCUGCAUAGUACUCAUAAGUGCAAAGAGUGGUUACGUCCAUUGCUUGAGGCUUAUGCUUCACGGGGAUAUGUAGCCAUCGGUGUUGAUUCCCGCUACCAUGGUGAACGUGCCAGCAGCCUAACAACUUACAAAGAUGCUCUGGUAUCAUCAUGGAGAAACGGGGAUACGAUGCCAUUCAUAUUUGAUACGGUCUGGGAUAUGAUAAAACUUGCAGAUUAUUUAAGUCAGAGAGAUGAUAUAGAUCCUACUAAGAUUGGAAUUACCGGCGAAUCACUUGGAGGAAUGCAUGCAUGGUUUGCUGCUUUUGCUGACACCCGCUAUGCGGUGGCAGCCCCAAUAAUUGGCGUUCAGGGAUUUCGAUGGGCAAUAGACAAUGACAAGUGGCAGGCUCGAGUUGACAGUAUAAAGGCUGUAUUUGAAGCCGCAAGUACUGAUUUAGGCAAGAAAGAAAUCGAUAAAGAAGUGGUGGAGAAGGUCUGGGAUAGGAUUGCUCCUGGUCUAGCUUCUCAGUUUGAUGCACCUAACACUGUCUCGGCCAUCGCACCGCGCCCUUUUCUGAUUGUAAAUGGAGCCGAAGAUCCCCGUUGUCCUCUUGAUGGCCUAGAAAUUCCCAAGACAAGGGCAUGCAAGGCUUAUGGAGAGGCCCAUUGUGCAGACAAGUUUAAGGUCGUCGCGCAACCUGGCAUAGGGCACAAGAUGGCACCAUUAAUGGUGAAAGAAGCCAGUGAUUGGUUUGAUCAGUUCCUCAAAUAAUAGUUUCAUUCAGCUCGGGUACAGCAUGGGAAUGUAUUUCGUAAUAUGUGUGCUUUCUUUAUGAAUGAUUUGAUGAUCUCAGGGACAAUCUCUUGAUGUAGUUAUGAUUCAUAAAAAUAAUAGCAAAACAUUCUUCUUCCGUUUGUAGAA